GUAAAUCACAAAAAAAAUUGCAAGAGAAAAAAAAUAAGAAGAAGCUGAUAUUUUAGUGUGACAAAAAAUGGGGGCGGCGGCGGCGACGACGACGACAUCCUUAAUUUUGUUGCUACUUAUGUUUGCUGUCUUAGCAGCUGGUGGAAGAACAAAGAUUUCAAGAGAAUUGGAAUCCAAUAAUAAUGGAGAUGGAUUGUGUAAGCAAAUUGUGGAGACUCAAGGAUAUAGCUGUGAAGAACAUAGGGUGACAACCAAAGAUGGAUACAUCCUUAGCAUGCAAAGGAUUCCGACGGGGCGAUCGGGCGCAACGACAAAGGAGCGGCCGAAGCCCCCCGUCCUACUUCAACAUGGCAUAUUGAGCGAUGCAACGAUAUGGCUGGAUAUGCCUUGUGAUAAAGCUCUAGGGUUCAUCUUGGCAGACAACGGCUUCGAUGUAUGGCUGGCCAACGUGCGAGCCACGGCCUACAGCAGUAGACAUACCUCGCUUAGCUUUAAUGAUUCGGAAUACUGGGAAUGGUCGUGGGACGAGCUAGCCGCCUACGACUUCCCAGCCACGGUCGAGCAUGUCUACAACCAAACAAGGCAGAAAUUGCACUACGUUGGCCAUUCCUUGGGCACUUUGAUGGCGUUUGCCGCGUUUUCGCGGCACAAGGUUUUCGACAUGGUGAGAUCUGCUGCUCUGCUUAGCCCCAUAGCUUAUAUGGGGCAGCUGCCAUCUCCUGUUUCUAGAAUUGGUGCUGAGUUAUUCCUUGGUGAAGCGUUUUAUUGGCUGGGAAUCAGAAAAAUCGCCCCCGAAGAAGACAGAGGUCCUCCUUCCAAACUUCUUGUUGAUAUCUGCAAACAAAUUAAUUGUUCCAAUUUGGUGGAUCUUACGAGUCUUUCCUCAGGCCCUAAUUGUUGCAUGAACUCUUCAAGAUCACAUCUUAAUCGCCAACAACCAACCUCAACAAAGAACCUGAUCCAUCUAUCACAGAUGAUCAGGAACGGGAACAUAGCGAUGUACGACUAUGACACCGAGGAGGACAACCACAAGCACUACGGCCAGGCGACGCCCCCAGAAUACGACAUGACUAUGAUCCCGACUCACAUCCCUCUCUUCCUCAGCUACGGAGGGAACGAUUAUCAAUCUGAUGUUAACGACGUGCAUACGCUCAUCAAGACGUUGUCGGGUCAUGACCCGGAUAAGCUUGUGGUGCAGUAUGUAGAAAGCUAUGCUCACCUGGAUUUUGUCUAUGGUGAGAAUGCUAAGCAAGUUGUGUACGACCCUGUGAUGGCCUUCUUCGGAUCGAACUAGAAUUCGAAUGCAUUGUAAUAAUAUGCAUAUUUUUGUGUGCGUGUGCUGACCUAGCGAUAAAAUGGUUAAUGCAUCAGGUCAGAGGUCUCAAGUUCAAGUCCAUCGUUAUAUGAUAUUUUGAAAAUUUUGUUUCUCC